UUGUUUGACUCAACCGGGUACCAACUUCGUCGCUCCGCUGUGCGAGGCCUUGCAGAAACCCUGGAAGAGGGGCAAAGGAACUCGAGUGAUCGCGUGCCUGCUUCUUCGAUUCUCUCGUAAUUCGUGCGUUUUCGGAGUCGCUAAUGGAGGAGGAAGAGAUCCAGAAAGCGGUGGCCGCUUACCUGAGGAAGAAGGGCUUCACGAAUACAGAGCUCGCCCUUCAGGAAGAGCAGAAUCGCGUCUCCUUUUCUUCCAACUCCGAUCACUCAGUAUCCAGAUUAGAGAAUGGUCCAGUACGAUAUAGUGAUGGUUAUAGCAAGCUACGCUUGUGGGCCUACAGUUCACUGGACUUGUACAAGCAUGAGCUGCUUCGUGUGCUUUUUCCAGUUUACAUACACUGUUUCAUGGAUCUUGUGGCAGGAGGACACGUACAUGAAGCUCGAAAUUUUUUCCACACAUUCCGUGAAGAUCAUGAAUCAAUGCAUUUAAGGGACCUUCAAAAGCUCGAAGGAAUCCUUUCUCCCUUACAUUUGGAGGAAAUCGAAUUGUCUCGUUCUUUUAGGCAGAACAAAUUCAAAAUAAAAAUGUGUGAGUAUUCGUAUGACCUCCUUCUGCAGUACCUUCAGAAAACACAAUCUUUUACCAUGCGUGGGGUAAUCAAUGAACAUAUUGAUUUUGAAGUUUCUCCUGGACAGCCAACCUCGAGUUCUGGUGAUGCAGACUUUGUGACCAUAGAAGGGAGAAAUAACGAUCUGGUUAGACAGAUAAAUCAGAAAGAAAUACACUGGGGGGUGCUUGAGGACUCUUUAGAACAGCAUUUGGAGAGGCCAGUUUCAGAUUCUGAGAAGGCUGAGAGUGCAAACAAAGAAGUGAAUCCUGAGGAUAACAAGAAGAGGCCACUUGAUGGAGGAAAGCAGGGUAUUCCUGUCAAAAUGGUUAAAAAGGACAAACUCGUCAACAUGGUGGGGAAAAAUGUUCGCUCAGAGACGAGUGCAGUGUCCGUGGCCCCACGUGUGAAACCAGAGCUAACUCUUCCUACAACGCUUGUGGAAGUUGAACAAGCUAUUCUGGAGGACCUACGCAGUCGAGUACAAUUAAAUAGCUUGGCACUGCCAUCUAUUAGCUUCUAUACCUUCGUAAACACUUGUAACAGGUUAAAUUGUUCAUCUAUAUCUCAAGAUGGCUCAUUAGUUGCCGGUGGAUUUUCAGAUUCAUCCCUGAAGGUCUGGGACAUUUCAAAGAUUGGCCAAUUUGUAAAAACCUCUAGUUUGCAUGGAGAAAAAGAAUCUGCAAAAAAUGAGAAUUUGCCCGCAACUGAGGAGGGCAAAAAACCCUAUACCUUGUUUCAUGGUCACUCUGGACCUGUUUAUUCAGCCACAUUUAGUCCUUUCGGGGAAUUUCUAUUGUCAUCAUCAUCAGACUCAACAAUCCGAUUAUGGAGCACCAAGCUCAAUACCAAUCUUGUCUGCUACAAAGGUCAUAAUUAUCCCGUGUGGGAUGUUCAAUUCAGUCCUGUUGGCCAUUAUUUUGCUAGUUCUUCACAUGAUCGGACAGCUAGAAUUUGGUCAAUGGAGAGAAUCCAACCCCUAAGGAUAAUGGCUGGACAUCUUUCUGAUGUUGAUUGUGUUCAAUGGCAUGCAAAUUGUAAUUAUAUUGCAACUGGUUCGAGCGACAAAACAGUCAGAUUAUGGGAUGUACAAAGUGGGGAGUGUGUACGCAUUUUCAUUGGUCACAGGAGUAUGAUAUUGUCAUUGGCAAUGUCUCCUGAUGGGCGUUAUAUGGCUUCUGGUGAUGAAGAUGGUACAAUAAUGAUGUGGGAUCUCUCAAGUGGUCGUUGUGUUUCACCAUUAGUAGGACACAGCUCUUGUGUUUGGACACUUGCUUUCAGUUGUGAAGGGACACUACUUGCUUCUGGGUCUGCUGACUGCACCAUAAAAUUAUGGGAUGUCACGAACAGCACGAGGGCAUCAAGGAUGGAGAGCAAAUCUAGCAGCUCAAACCGUUUGCGGCUGUUAAAAGCUCUCCCUACCAAAUCUACUCCUGUUUAUACAUUACAGUUCUCUAGAAGGAAUCUUCUGUUUGCCGCUGGAGCACUGUCAAAAUGCUCAUGACGAUUGCUGUUCUCAGCUCCCGAUGACACGGCUGCAGGUGCGCAAACAUGCACGGGACAUCUUACCAUGACUCCUAAUCAAUGCCCUUAAACCAUCUUAGUUGGUAAAAGGGCUGCUAUUUAUGAAACUCUAGGUUCUGAGUAUUUAUAUUAGCAUGUAUCAGAAAUAUGUUCCAUUCUAGAGUGCUAAUUUUACCUGUUGAUGAAUGAACUAACUUGGCUUUGCUGCACUAA